AUGAUUGGUGGUUUAACCAGCCGCCUUGAGUCACUCGAGUCUACCCUAAACAAGAGGCUCCCACCUGUGGAAAGCACUGCAACAAUCGAUUUUGAUCAUCACUGUCAAGAUGCUUUUUACGAAAAUAUCAACCUGGACGUAUCACCAUUGAUGGACACAUUUCCUGACCCUAAUCCGGUGUCCACUUCGUCAACCGAAAACAUCUGGAACGUACCUUUCCCGCCUUUGGACGACCCAGAGACCUCCAAUGCCUCUGGAACCAGCCCUUUUCCAGAACAAGCGCCUUUUUCAGCUGGUCUCUACCAGCCUGUUAUAGAGAAUCACGGCAACUCUGACUUGGCGUUCGACGAUGGACAGGAUCUUACUUCCCCGCAAAACUCUCAUGAAAGCCGUGCACGUGAUCAAAGAAGCGGGUCUUCCGUCGGAGGCUUGCCCCGAGUUUGCCAAGCAGAGUUUUUUGGGUGGACGUCUCAACCCUACCACUACUUGGAUGUCGCGUGCAUGAAUAGCGGCAAAAGGAAACUGAACCAUUCCUCGCAAUUGUACUCGCCCUUUUUGGAAGAAAUAAUGCUUGCGUGUGCAGCUCGAGACAGUACUUCAAAAACUAUGCAGAGUGCAGGAACCGUAUUCGCCCAACGUGCGAAGGCCACACUUGUUCAUUAUUUGCAGGAUCCUACCAUCGCCGUUGUGCAGGGUCUCAUCUUGCUCGGCGCUUUUGAGGUUACGACUGGGAAUGUUAAUCUUGGUUGGACCUUCCACGGAGUGGCUUUUCGGAUGCUAUUCGAUCUUGGCCUACAUCAGAGUCCGUCUUCCUGCCUGGACGAUAUGUCUCCUAUCCCAGAAGAAGGUUACUUAUUUGCUCAGAGAUUGUUCCUAGUUGGAUUUUGCCACGAUACCAUAUUUUUCUGGUUCAUCGGUCGGCCGCGAAGCGUUCCUUUUGAUGCCGUCCAACGAGUUCUAACGAACAGCAAGCUGAGAGAUGCGACAGAUCUGAUUCCGUGUAACCUACUAGCUUGGACCGAGCUAAGUAUCAUCGCCUCUAAUCUGCAAGAUGUUCUGAACAGUAGCAAGCCUAUUACUUGCCAAGAUGUUGAACAGCUGGCCGCUACUAUGGACACACUUCAAAAUUGGCAUAACGCACUUCCCUCAGACAUAGCCUGGAGCGAUGUUGAAACACCGCUCCUGAGCCCUUCUCUACAAGCCCUCCAUGUCCAAUUCUUUUCCAUCCAAGUCACCUUUCACCGCAUCUCCAGGAAUAGCGGUCUGAAUUUCUCCGAGGAUGCCCUCCAGGGCUCCUCCAUUCUCCCUGGGUUCACUGCGGAGGAAUCUAGUAGAAUUCCUCUAGAGAAUACCGUUCGCAUCUCCAAGGCUGUAGAAGUCCAAGAGAAUGCCUAUGACGUUGAAUGUUUUGUCCCUGUUAUGAACGAUUGCAUGUACUGCGCAGCAAGGGUUUUGAUACAACAUCUCAAUUCAGUGGCUAGCUUAGGCGGCGAUUUAGAGAUUCUUGAAGAAAAGACGGCUUUAACAGUGAUAUUAAAAGUCCUCCAGAAUAUCUCAAAUCGGUUUCCGGUGGUCUGUGAAAUGCUGCGGUCGUUGACGGAGUCACUCACAAACACGCAACUUACGAGCCGAUUAGAAAGACAAGGGGUUGAUAUCUAA